AUGAACCCAGAUCCAAACAAAAAUGGGUACUCACCUACACCCCCAUUUUCAUCCCACCACGAACCAGCCUACCUGAACAUGCCGCGGACUGGUUCGCCAGCCUCAAACCCAACCCCAGAGCCCUACAACUAUCCAAAAUCCCAGUGCUCUGUCACAAAAAUGGACACGGGGCAUAUAGACAAUGCAGUGAGCUCUGCAUUCUACAGUAGUGGCUCUGCAAGCUACCUUUCCCCGGAAGUUCUAUCGCAAAUCACAGCAAUGGUGAUCCAGCAGCUCAAGAUAACUGGGUUAGACAACCUACAAGGAUCCGGUGCGCCCCCGCCCCGCUCGCAAUCGCAGCAGCCACCAUGGCAAACAGAUGGCUCCUUGCGGCCGCACGCAGAGUCCUCGCCUGCAAUACCCCUGCAGCGAAGCAGUUCCAUUCCCCCGCCUAGUUCGGCCUCUGAAAAUACCCAUACUGAACAUUUCCGGCCAUACGUCUCCCCCGGUUACACUAGUGAUAGUCAUCUUAGCCUGAAACCUACUCCUGAUCCCCUUGCGAAUAGACGUGGUUCCAUAUCGAGUCAGAGUAGUGAUCGGAGUCAUCAUAGCCGCCAUAACCUGGAGCGUCCGAAACCUCCGGAUCGGGACGCUACUGUUGUGGAGAUGACAACUCUAGAGCGGAUAUGGGGGAAAUUGUUCGAGGAGGGUAAGGCGACGAAGAGGCUUGGCCAAUUCUUACGUGGGAUUGCGGUUCAUCUAAUUGAGGACUAUCCCCCGGGAAACACCAUUGUCAUUCCCCCUCACAAGUUACAAAAGUUCUAUCGUGAUACUUAUGAUCCGAAUGACCCUUAUCCAUGGCAAGACAUCUUCGACGAUCGUACAUCUUCAAUAUCUCGACUUUUCCGCGAAAUCAAAGUCGAACAUCAUCUCAUCCAAGAUGAUGUAGAAAAACGCCCAGAUAUUCCAGGCCUAACACCCAAAGGCUUCGAGACCUGGGAAACCUUGAUGAUCCUCGCGAACCCAGGACGCGAAUACGACCGUCUCCAAAAAGCAGUUCUGAACAUGCCCAUCAACAACCCAGAUGACAGGAAAGAGCGCUUCCCGAAGGAACUUCCGCGCCGUCUCUUUCCAGAAAUCGGAGAUCUCGAAAUCAGAGAGGAUAUCGAGAACCGCCUGAUGGUCCACUGCGGCGUCGAUCUACCAUCCAUCACCCCCGAAGAACGCAACCAAUCCGCCGCCCGACCAACCCGAUCAUGA